UUAAAGUCUGUUCCAUAAACUCCAGCUUAAGAAUCCCCUGGCAGCUACUCGUACAGGCUUUAAAUACUGAUUUGACAGAUCACAUUUUACUCCCAGGCACAAAGAAAAUAGCCUGCACUGCCGUCUUGCACUCCAACACAACAGCAAGCACGUCUACAUGCUUGUGGACAAGAUGGCAAACAUAAUGAGAUCCAUGUUUUUCACCUUUAUAUUUGCUCCGUGGGUUCUCUCAGCAUCGGCAAGGCAACACUACCAUGGUGCACAUUCCAGAAAGGAUAUACAACUUAAUGAAGACGCCUACUUGGAGUCGAGGUUUAAGAGAGAUGUGACCACUGUAACGGACUCCGACUACGACUCUGACUCCGUUUUCUUGCCGGCUGACGCUGCAGAGGACACUGCACCAGGCACAGCUGAUGAUCUGCCCACAUGUCUGCUCUGUGUGUGCCUCACUGGAUCAGUGUACUGUGAGGAGGUAGUACCUGACAUGACCUCUGUGCCAGCCUUGCCCAAGGAGACUGCCUACCUCUAUGCACGCUACAAUAAGAUCAAGAAGAUUACAGCCAAAGACUUUGAGGAUAUUGUCACUUUGAGAAGGAUUGACCUUACUGGAAACCUCAUUUCUGAGAUUGAGGAUGGUGCUUUUUUAAAGCUUACUCUUCUAGAAGAUCUGUCACUGGCUGAGAAUCAGUUGGUAAAGCUUCCAAUGCUGCCUGCCAAGUUGAUCUCCUUCAAUGCUAAUCACAACCACCUUAAGACCAAGGGUGUCAAGGCCAAUGCUUUCAAGAAGUUGACCAAGAUAGUGAAUCUUUUCCUUGCUCACAAUGAACUGGAGGCAGUGCCCCAGAUUCCAGAAACUGUACGCAUACUGCACCUGCAGAAUAACAACAUCUCCUCAAUUAGUGAUGACACAUUCUGUAAAGGGAACAAUACCUACUACAUUCGACCAAACAUGAAUGAGAUCCGACUGGAUGGAAACCCAGUCAACCUGGCCCAGUACCCAAACAGCUUUACCUGCCUUAAGUCACUGCCAAUUGGACGAUACCAUUGAGCAUGAUUAAAACCAAAAUCUGUAUGUGGCAAGUGGCAAACAUGUCUCCAGUCUUGAGAAGUAUCAUGUUAUGGGCUGAUUCUGUUUGCAUUAGGUGACUCAAAGUCUUAAAUUAUACAUUUCACAACAAAGGUUGGGUAUUUUCCCUAACAUGUUGUGCCAGUCACACAAAUGCUCUCUGAAUGCCUUUUUGCUCGUCUCUGUGUACCAGUUAAGUUCAUCUUUACAGUCUGUAGACUGGCUUUCAGCAAUGACUGACAUUGAAUCAUUACUUGUGUCCACUGUACAUAAAAUCCUUCUUGUAAUAAUUGACUUCCCAAAAAAAUGGAGUCAAACUCUCCCCUUUUCUUAGAAUUCUGUGAAUUUCCUUCACUUUAACUGUACUUAUUAAAACUAUUUAAAACUGAUUGUAGGAAUAAAGAAAAUAAGGGACAGAUACAACAGUAGGCUAUAGAGAAGAUAAAUCAAGGUGGUUAUAUUACACUUCUAAGUGAAUUAUUUUUCUACUAAAUGAACACUUAUUCUGAUGGCUACUACAGAUGCAUGUGAUAAUCUGAAAAUAAUACAUUUUCAUGUUUAGUCCCUGAAACAGAUCUGUUUAACACUAAUGAAAUGUUUUACUUAUGAUACAACCCAUUUUAAUAUAUUAUAUUCAAAACAGGUAAUGGUUAAGCUUGUUAGUUUGUUUGUCUGAGAACACUUGUGGACAAGUCUCCCAUUACUUUAAAAAUCGGUGAAUAUGCCAUCCAUACUCACCCAACAUAAACACAUCAAAUGUGUCUCAUGCACAGUCAGUCCCAUUUGGUAUCACAAGACUUUCAUGUGAUAGUGCUGCUAAUGUUAACAAUCACAUGUGGCUAAAUAUUUGCUUGGAGGCAAUCCCCCAAUAGCCACCUUCAUCUUGAGACUUGUCUUCUCCUUUACCAUUAAAUACAGUGGCUUCAAUGAAGGAGUCUACUCCACAUUCACAGACAGCUGGUACAGAAGUGUAGUAUGGUUAAAAAAAACACGAAACCACCAGACCAGAGAGGGUGUUUCUUUUAAAACAUAAAUAAAGACACAGUUGAGUCAUGGCAAUGGUAUAAAAAAUGUUGCUGUUGCUCCACCAUUUCAUCAUGUUUGACAUUUUUUUCUUUCUAAAUAUAUGAGCAUCUGAUCUUGCUAUAAUAAUGUAUUAACCUAGGAUUAACUACCUAUGUGAAUUAUCAAAGUAUGCUGUACAGAAAGGCAUUGUCUGUAUUGUUUUAUGGCAUCCUUAAUUAUUUUAAUAAAACUGUUUUAGUUAA